UUAUCAUUGAGUCAAGCACCAAUAAUGUCAACUCAUCACAGUACAACACCAACAACAAGUUCAAGUACUCCAACAUCACAGCCAAAUGUUGUUAGUAGUCCACCAGUGAAGGAAGGAAGUUCGGACUUCAGUGAUCCAAGCGGUAUACUUGGAGGCGUACGUCUACCACCGGACACCGAAAUAAUUAAGUAUACAUCAAGUAUUGUUGGACCAAAAGUCCCUGGAACAACAAAUCGCGGAAGAAAAAAGACAAUAUCACUUGAUAGUAGUCCAACUCUUUCUGUGCAUGCACCCUCAUCACAAACAAUGGCUCAUCAUCAAACAACAACAACAACAACAUCAUCAUCAUCGUCAUCAUCUUCAACACCAAGUUCAAUCGUCAUGGAGUCAAGAAAAUUCAAUCGUACACCAGUCAAUGAAUUAAAUGAUUAUCGUGAUCCAGUUGAUCGUGUUGAAGUUAUAAAAUUACCAACACAUUCAACAAAUGGAUCAUAUUCAAAUGCACCAGCAUUGUAUACAACAAGUAAUACAACAACAAAUUCAAAUAAUGAUACAGAUGCACCAUUAAAUUUAUCAUUAAAACCAUCAUCAAUGACAGCAACAAGUACACCAAUUACAAAUUGUAAUGCACCAUUGAGUCAAUUAAGUAAUCUCAGUCAAUCAUUAUUAGCAUCUGAUAGAAUAUCAAGAAGAAAACCUGGACCAAAACCAAGAAGAGUACCACAAAAUUCAAUAAUAAUGCCAGCAUCACCAAGUCCAUCACUUGCACAAUUAUUUAAUGCUGCUGAUUCACCACAACGGCCAAGUAGUGGAAGUGAAGAAAAUGAAACAACAAUAACAACAACACCAACAUCAAUAAUAACAUCAUCAUCUUCAUCAUCAUCAUUAAUGACAACAAAUACAACAAUACAUCAUAAAGAUGGUAGACCAAGAAAUCUUGGACGUGGUGUAUCAAAACCUAAAAAAAAUACUGUUGCUUCAUUAUUAGCGCAAAGUCGUGCUCUUGGUAUUAAACCAACACCAACACUCGAUCCAAAUGUACCAAUAUCACAUCAAGUAUCAUUAUUAAGAUCAAAUAUAUUAGCUGCACAAUUACAUGCAUCAGCAACAGCACAACUUGAUGAUAGAAAUCAACGUUCAUUACAGGAAAAAAUGAAAAAUAAAUUUUUGGAAAUAUCUGGAGAAGAAAGUAAUAUGGAUGUAACGAGUGAAAGUGGAAGUAAUACAGAUGUUGUAACAGAUACUGAUGAAGACAAUGCUGAAGGUACAUCAAAUGCAAAACGUAGAAAAUUAAAUCCAAGUGAUAAGGAUCUUCAGGUGGCACUUGAACGAGGAUGGAAGCGUGAAACUGUCAUCAGGGGUCUUGGAAAAACUGGUGUCAUCAAAGGCGAUGUGACUUAUUAUAGUCCAUGUGGAAAAACAUUUAGAAAUAGUCUUGAUUUAUUUAAGUUUUUGGAACAACAAAAUCCAGCUGAUCUUACAUCAGGUAAUUUUUCAUUUUCUUCAAAGCCACUUGUUGGUGAAUUUUUACAGCCAACAAUGGGUCUAGCUGAGGCUGAAUUUGUACGGCUUGGUUCACAAGAAGUUGCACGUAGAUUAGAAGAACUAAGAGCUGCUGGUGGAUUUCGUGAUAUGAGACCAAGCAAUCAAUUUGAACGUGAUAAACUUGCUUAUGCUAAAAAAUUAGCCAAAGAAGAAGCACAAAGACACAAAGAACAAGCCAGACUUUUAAAAGAACAAGAAAAAAAUGAAAGACAAGAAGCUGUAAGACGUGAACGUGAACUUCGAAAUCAACAACUUCUUGAGGAAGAAACAAAAAAACAAAGAAACGAAUUGGUGCAGGGUCGAAAGAGGCUGGCGUUCACAGUUAAACAGAAGAUGAAAAUAAUACAAGAAAUUGAACGUGGUAAAAGUAAGAGUGAUGUUGCAAGAGAAUUGGGUUUAGCAAGCAGUACAGUUGCAACAAUAUGGAAAAAUCGUUUAAGUAUUGCUGAAAGUUGGCGUAAUCGUGAUAUGAUGCAAACAGAUAAUGAUAAUGAUUAUCAAUUAAUGCAAAAAAAAUUAUUAAAUUGUCAAACAACAAGUGGUUUAUUACAAUCACAAAUACCAAUGAUAACAUCAUCAUUAAUACCAACAACUACCUCUUCAACAUCAAUUAUAUCAUUAUCAUCAAAUACACCAGUAUCAACAUGUAGCUCACUAUCAACAUCACCAUCCAUCGUCAGUCAAUCAACGCAUGACAACAACAUUCAACCGGCACAGAUACAAACGCAAUGCCAGGAACUCCUGGAGGCAAGAAAAAAACGUCAAGAAGAAGUUGAAAAAAUUCGAAUGGAAGAACAGCAACGAAAACAACAGGAACGUGAGUUAAAACGACAACAAGCAGUCAUGCUGAAGGAACAGAUGUACAUGCAGGAGCUCAACAAGCAGCGUGAGAUGCUCUACACCGUCGAGUUGGAACGAGAAAGAAGACGUCAGCAUAUGACAUUAAUACGUGCCUUGGAAAAUCGUCGUCGUAUGGAAGAACGUGAAAAAAAACGUUUAGAAGCACAAGCUGAACGUAUUGCAUCAAAAGAAAAACGUGCUGAACAACGUAAAAUUGAAUUAGAACUUGUUGAACAAAUAAGAAAACCAGUUGAAGAUAUGGAAUUAACUGAUCAUAAAUUAUUACCAAAUUUAAAACGUAUUAAUGGUUUAAAAUUAUGUGGUGAAGCAUUUGCUGAAAUUGUUAUGGUAUUUGAAUUUCUUCAUAAUUUUGGUGAAACAUUGGGUUUUGAUAUGGAAUCAUUACCAAGUUUAAAAUCAUUACAACUUGCAUUACAAAAUGAUGAAGAAGCUGAAGAAGAAAUGUUAUCUGUUAUGACACAUUUAUUAGUAUGUGCUAUUGAAGAUCCAGGUAUACCACAACCAGCACGUCAUACAACUGGUCUUGGACAAUCAUUAAGACAAGCUGAUAUAACACAUGCUAAUAUUAGUGAAAUAUUACGUAUAUAUCUUUAUGCAAAUGCAACUGGUGAAGUUAAAGCAUUAACUGGUUUAUCAUUAGAACGUGAACGUGAUAAAAAAUUUGCAGAUCAUCAUCAAAAUGGUGGUGAUUAUCAAUCAACAACAAAUGGUAAAAAUGCACAAUUUUAUGAACAUUUACAUGCCAAUGAAACAUGGAAAAUGUCUGAAAGAUUAAGAGAUAAACCAUUUUUAGCAUUAAAUCCAACUCAUAAAGCACAAAUGUUAGGAUUUUUAUGUAAUGAAUUAUUACAAAAUAAAGCUGUGAUACGUCAAAUUGAAGGAAGUUUAGAAACUGUUUCACAAUUAAAAAAAGAACGUUUUUUGUUAGAUAUGAAAAUACGUAAAUUACGACAAUUACAUUCACGUAAAGUUAGAAUGGAAGCUGUUGGUGUUAUUAUUAAUAAAACUGGUGAUACAAUAACUAUUGAAAAUAAUAUCAAAAAAGAUAUUAACGACGGUAAUGAUAAUGAUGUAUCAUUAACAAAUAAUAGUAGUAGUAAUAGUAGUAUUAUUAUUGAUGGUACAACAUCAACAACAACACCAACAACAGCUACCACACCAACUACAACUGCAACUGCAACUACAACAACAACAUCUUCAUCUGAUGAACAACAACCAACUUCAUUACCACCACCGACAACAACAGCAACAGCAAUAACAACAACAACACAAGCAUCAUUACCAACUCCAACACCACCACAUCAUCAUCAUCAUCACCACCAUCAUCAUCAUCACCAUCAUCAUGAUGAUGACGUUGAAGAUAUGUCAGAAAAUGAAUCUGAAGGUACUCAACCCGAAGAAGAAGAAGAUAAAAAUUUAUCUGGUGAAGAAUUAGGAAAAAAAUUGGAUAAAUUAUUAAAACAAUCAGAAGAACAAUUACAAAAAUUAAAUGGUUCAUCAAAACAAUUACGUGCACAUGUAUUUGGUCAAGAUAGAUAUUGGCGUAGAUAUUGGGAACUUCCAUCAGCUGGUGGUAUUUUUGUUGAAGCUAUGGAAAGUGCUGAGCCUGAAAUACUUGAUUUACAAGCUGAACUUGAUGAAAAAUGGAAAGGUAGAGAAAAUGAAAUAAUUAUUAAAACAGAAAUUAAAAAUGAAAAUAAUGAAAAAAUUAUUAAUAAUAAUAAUUCUGAUAAUGACGAUGUUGAUGAUGAUGAUGAUGAUAAUAAAGAAAAAAUUAUAAAUGAAACAACAAAAAUAAAAACAGAAAUUAAUGAUGAUAAAUCAGAUAAUCAUGAUGAUGCAAAUGAUGCAAAUGAUGAUCAUGAUGAUGAUGACGAUGAUGUUAUUAUGACUGAUGAUAAAACAAAUAUAAUUAAAGAAGAAAAUGAAAUAAUGGAAAUUGAUAAUAAUGAUAAUAAUGAUGAUAUUAAAAUAGAGAAAAAUAAGUCUGAUGAUAAGUCUGAUAUAAAAAUAAUAAAUUCAGUUAAAACAGAAGAUAAAAUAAUAUCAAAUGGUGGUGAUAAAUAUAAUCAUAUUAAUAAUAAUAUAACAAAUGGUAAAGAUAUUAAUGGUAUUAAUAUUGAUAGUGUUGUUGAAGUACCAUGGUUUUCAAUAUUACCACGUGAAACAUGUGAUACAUCUGGUUCAUGUACAAAACAAAUAUUUGGUAUUGCUGAAGCAACUGAACUACGUAUACCAAUGUUUCCACCAUCAUCAAGUCCUGGUUAUGAAAGAUGUGAUAGUCCAGCACCACUUGUAUUAACACAAGAUGAAGCAAUACAACUUGAAUAUUUAAAAAAAGUUGGUUUACCACAAUCUGGUGAAGCUAAACCAGUACCAAAAGAUUUACGUUAUGGCUGGUGGCGUAUAUUUGAUGUUGAUACAUUUCAAGAAUUAUUAGAACAUUUACAUUCACGUGGUGUACGUGAAAAAGAAUUAAAAAGAACAACAUGGUCAGCAAUGGAAUCAUUUUUAGCUGUUACUGGUAAAUUAUAUGUUGAUCAAGGUAAUUUAAAUGCAACUGAUAUGUCAAAUGAUGAUUAUGAUGAUGAUAAUAAUGAUACACCAAAACCAGAUAAUAUUGAUGAUUGGAGUGAACAAGUUGCUAUGAGAGUUGAUGCACAAUUAUUAGAACAAGUUGAAGCACUUGAGGAUAAAGUUGCAAAUGCAAGUAUGCAAAUUAAAGGAUGGAAAUUACCACCACGUGCUGGUAGUGAAGAGGCUGAAGAAAUUGAUAAAAUUAAUGAAAUGGAAAAUAUAAGUGCUGUUGAACAAGCUAGACAAAGAUUACUUUCAUUAGAAGCUGCUAUUGAAAGACGUUAUUUAAAACCACCACUUGGUAUAUGUACGGGUGAUCCAAAUUUAGCAGCUCUUAAGGCAGAACAAGCUGCAGCAGCAGCAGCCGCAGCAUGUGCAAAUUCAAAUUCAUCAGACAGUGGACAAACAACAUUACCAGAAGAAACAACACCACGUGGAUUGAAUAAUUGGCGUGAGGCAACAUCACGUGCACAUACAUCAGCACAACUUGCAAUGGCACUCUACAUGCUUGAGGCUAGCAUCGCUUGGGACAAAAGCAUCAUGAAGGCUAAUUGUCAAUUUUGUCAUAGUGGAGAUAAUGAAGAUAAAUUGCUGCUAUGUGAUGGUUGUGAUCGUGGUUAUCAUACUUAUUGUUUCCGUCCAAAAAUGGACAAUAUACCAGACGGUGAUUGGUAUUGUCACGAGUGUAUGAACAAAGCAACAGGUGAAAGAAAUUGUUUAGUUUGUGGUAAACGAGUUGGAAAAAAUUUAGUACUAUGUGAACUUUGUCCAAGAGCAUAUCAUACUGAUUGUCACAAUCCAGUGAUGCCCAAGAUGCCCCGAGGCAAGUGGUACUGUUCAAAUUGUCACAGUAAACAACCAAAGAAACGUAACAGCGCCAGAAGAAGCAAUACUAAAGCUGGAGGCAACACCAGAGACAGUGAAAGUUCUGAUCAUCCACCCGCUAGUCCAACGCCUUCAACAGCAUCAAAUACAACCCAUGUGGAUGACGUUAAUACGUCGGAACCACCAACACCAACAUCAUCACCACGUAAAGAGACUAACAACCGGAAUCUAACAAAGAAGCAACAACGUGAAUUGGCACCAUGUAAAUUACUACUUGAACAAUUGGAACAACAGGAUGAAGCAUGGCCAUUUUUACUACCAGUUAAUACUAAACAAUUUCCAACAUAUAAAAAAAUUAUCAAGAUACCAAUGGAUCUUAGUACAAUUAAAAAAAAACUUCAAGACUCGCUAUAUAAAUCUCGUGAUGAUUUUUGCACUGACGUACGUCAAAUGUUUACAAAUUGUGAAGUAUUUAAUGAGGAUGACAGUCCAGUUGGUAAAGCUGGUCAUGCUAUGAGGAGUUUCUUUGACAUGCGAUGGACUGAAAUAACAGGCUCACCACCACCACCAAUAAUUCCCCAAUCACAAAGCUGAGGUAGACCGAGAAAUACUUGCAACAAUUAUUCAAAUUUUUCCUGAUAAUAAUAAUAAAAAAAAAAAGGAUAUAUAUAUAUAUAAAUAAAAACAAAAAAUUAAAAAUCUAAUCUUAUCUUUAAAUUCCAAAUGAUUUUUAAUUUAUUUGUUGAAAAAAAAAAUAAAUCAAUCAUUAAUUUAUAUUUGUCAAAUAUUGAUAAAAUAAAUUUUUAAAUUUAAAUCAAUGAAAUCAACAAGAACUGAAAAUCGAGAUAAAAAUACUCAUAUAAAUAUCGUGUCCAGUUAAUUAAUUAUAAAUUAAUGAGUGAAUAGAUAAAGUGAUUGUUGUACUUACCGAAGAAAUGAAUUAGUUAAAGUUAUUGUUUGAAAAUUAUUUAUUAUAAUUUCAGUAUCAUAAUGAAAAAUUGAAAAAAAAAUAUAGAGUGAAUACAUGUGCUGUGUAAAUAUUAUGAAAGAAUGAAUAUUUAAAAAAUAAAAUAAAAACAGUUAUGUAUUAUAUUAUUAAAAUAAUAAAAUUAAUAAUACAGUCACAAGGUAUAUAUAAAAUAUAUAUUGAAUAUAUAAGCGGGCUUUGAUUACAAUAAUUUUUCAAUAAUAACUUGACGUCAUUCCAUUGUAUUAUUAUAUUUAAAAUUGAUAAUAAUUAAUAAUAUUUUCAAUUUUUAUUUUAAAUUUCGAUUAUUAAAAUAAUUAUUUAAUGACUGAUUAUUUCAUUUAAUGUGUUCAAUGACUGUCAUAAUAUUGAGCUAAAAAUUUAAGCAGAUAUUUUUUUUUUUUUGGUUUCUUUAAAAAUUUAAUUUUUAAUUUAAUCUAUCAUCUUCGUGUUUAAAAAAUUUAUUGUAAAAUAGCGUGAUUUAGCUAUAAAUAUAUAAAAUAGAUUCUAGUAAAUUAUCACCAAACUUGAUAAAUAAUAUAAUCUCUUGAAUUACUUUGAGAAGAGAUUUUGAAAAAUCAUAAUCGAAAAUGUAUUACUAGUAAAGAAAAAAAAAAAAAACAAGUUACUGAUUAUUAUAAAUUAAUAAAAGAAUGAUUGUUAAAUCCACAACGUUUUUUAUACAAUAAAAAAAAAAAAAAACCACGACAACAACAACAAUAAUAAAAAAGAAUUAAAAUUUAAGUUAUCCCAUUGUCGAUUAUAGUAUUGUAAUUGUAAUAGGAAUUUUCAUUCUAUAUUAAUUAAUAGGAUUAUUCAAAAAAUCAAUUUAUAUAUAUAUAUUAACUUAUAUAAAAAAUGAAAUUAAAAAAAUUAAACUUAUAAUUGUCUGUAUAGAAUAAAUGUGAGCUUAACAAAAAAAAAAAAUAAAAAAAAAAAAUUAUAAUAAUAACAAAACGACAAGAAGAGAAAAAACAAUGAAAACAGAUUAAAAUAAAAAAUUAAAAAAAAAAAAAAAAAGAAUAAUAAUGUAAUUAAAUAAUUUAUAUUUUUCAUCAUUGAAUGAAUAAUUUUUUUUUUUGUUCUGUUUUAUUUAGUUAAAAUGAAUUUGUUUUUUUUUUUUUUUCUAUUUUAUUAAAAAUUACAAUUUGAUUUAUAUAUAAAUGAAUUAUUUGACAUGCUAAUUUUUCUUUUUUUGUUGUUGAUCAUUACCUAAUGAUUCUUGAUAUUCUCUAACAAGUUUUUC